GAGUAUAUCGGGAGUUUGCUCUGUGGAAUUAAAUCGCAUAGCUGGACUAAAAAUCGUUCAAAAAGUGUUAAUAAAUCUGAUAUAUUUCGUUAAAAAGUGCUUAAUAUUGGGACUAAAUACUUCCCUCAUCAUAUGAACAUAAAGUUCAUUGGGAAACGUACGCUUUUAACAAGUAAUCACGAGAUGAAAAAUCUAAAUUUCUGUAGUUCACAUUUACUUUUCGGUGCAGUCGUUCUACAAAUUUUCCGUCUGUGCGUGUGAUGGCAACCCCGAACGUGCAGUUGUCGCAUUUUCCAAAUCUGUACUUUCCACCGGCUUCGUUGUUUUUGUCUAUGCACUAUUUGUCCAACGUCUGUUAUGAAGUAAAACACACGACAGGGACAAAUGGUGUUGCACAGAAUAAUUUUGCAAACGUGUGAAUUAAAGGCAGCCAAAUGUCUAAAUGAAAUAGAUGGCUAGCAAGAAAGGGAGGUCCGACGAAUACGAAAAUAUAAAAAAACAGUAUGAGAAAGAUGAAAAGCUAAGAGAAUGUUAACAAAGAUGAACCAAGUGAAAAGAAGAGGAAAUCAAAAAACCAACAAGAAAGACAAAAGAAGAGGAGACAAUGAAACGAAUGAAUCUGAGUUUUACAUGUAUUUUCAUACAUUUUCGAAUAAAAGACUUUUGGUGUAAUAAAUUUGUCAAAGCUUAAAAUUUUUAAAGGGUGGUCGGAAUUUUGAAAAGUUGUAAGCUUCUAAAUAAAAGAUAAAUUUUUGAUAAAUGUGAAGAUAUGAAACAGUUGAAAACUAAAGGCAAUAAACGAUACGAAGUCACAGAACAUUUUGACAAUUUGGUCACAAGCGACUCGAGGAGGUUACUCGUCGUGUUCGGUCCAAAUGAGUGUAGAAAGUGCAGCAAGGAGCGCGGUGGUGUAGAGCAGAACAGGGCAGAGAAAAGCAAAUAAAUGAAGGCACAUCAAUGAUGUGAAUAAGAGUAUGGAGUAAUGUGUGAAAAGUGGAAAAUUUGCACAAUAAAGUUUCUUAAAAAAUCAAUAAAAAUAUAAGGAGCAGAAAGUCAAGUUGAAGAAUUUGUGAAAAUAAAAAUUUAUCUUGAGCGGCGAAAGCAUAAUCGAUUUUGUUUCUGACGCGAUUAGCAACGCAGGGAAGAAAAAAGCAGUAAGAGUUUUUGGUGUCAUCGAUUUUGCCAACCAAAGGAUAUUUGACUGCUUUUCUUCUUCCAAUACGACUCGAGUCUAAUAAAUUCUAUAUUGGAACCGCAGUUCGCAAUGCUUUUGGAAGUGUAUGUAAAAGGUCAAAGAUCCACUAAAGGGUCUUAAGUACUCUUCGUACAGACCAAGGCUUUAAUUGUAGCGUUUGGCGUAGGCGGGUACUGCGCUAAACAUUUACAAUUGGCACAAUAUGGACCCGCACGAAUUAAAGCCUCCUGGACCGGGCUCAAUAACAAAUAGCACAACUCAUGCUGGGACAAGUGUUCCGCAUGGACAGCAUCAACAAUUAGUUGGAAGUGGGGAGCAAUUGAAUCUACCACCGCCAUCUCCACAAACCAGCGGAUCUAGUGGCAUUAAUGGUGCUGUUGCUCCUUUAACAAGUUCAAUAUCAUCUGCUAGCACAUCCGUUAGCGGUUGUAGUGGCAACGUACGUGCAUUAUAUGGCACCGUUGCUGGUCCAAGUAAUACCAAUAACGAUGGAGACUCGGACACGGAAUCUUUAGCAACCAUGUCAGCGAAAGUUAAGGCUGCAGCUGCAGCAGAACAAAAUCACACUCUGCCUGCCACCAAUGGUCACAAUGGUGGAGCGAGUACUGCCGUUAACAAUCUGGGCUUGAAUGCCAAACAGCAGAGGCAACAAAAAAGGCGCCGCGAAAGAGCACAAAGAUUACAAGCGGAACGUGAAAACCGUUUUGCUAACACUGCAAAUAACGUCCCUAAUAGCGGCCUAUUGUACCACGCCAGUAGCGCAGGAAGCAUGGGCGAGGACAGUAACAACUCCAAUGGGAACUUUACAAGUAGCAGUAAUGGUAGUAAUAAUGUUAUGCCUCCUACUGAUAGCAUUGCCUCGUUGCUUCUUAAUCCUCCACAUUCACCCGAGUGUAAUUCUGGACUAAUGGCUACUCCGAGCGAUAGUGAAGGAGAGUCACUUGAUGAAGAUCUACUAUCGACUUCUUCCUCUUCGACACUCCUUUUGCCCCGCGACAAACCCCCACCGCGGCCGCCACCUCCUGUUCGUCGAAAACUGCCGCGCUCACCUGUAUUAGAAGAGGAGAUCAUUGACGGUUUUGCAAUAUUGGAGUUCAAGUCUUAUGAGGACCUAGAGUUCGCGAUAAAAUUAGGGCAGAAGCGAAAAGAAAAGCGUCUGUCAGCAUUGGAGGAAUUAACUUGCACAUACAGCAUUGAGGAGACCAAAAUGCCAAAGAUUAUAGAUACAGGUCAGCCUCAUCCCAUACGAGGUAGCAGUGGACUAAACCUGCCUAUAAAUAACAUAAAGGAUGGAGGUCAUAAUAUUCGAAUGAUGAGCAACAAUAUCAUCAGCUCUAAUUGUCAUCCAGCACAGACUGUAACAUCUUCCAUAACUGCGACCGUUCCAGAAUCUCCUCUAGAUGUUAUUGCGCCUGCAUGGAAGAGCCAAUAUCAAAAUUCCAAUAACAAUAAUAAUGUUGGAAGUAAUUUAACAAAUUUAAAUAAAAAUAAAAAUAAUUGUACCAUCGUUGGAGGUAGCAACAACAACAACACAUCAACCAAUGUUGCGCCAUCAUCGUCGACGAUAUUAAAUCAUAAUGGAAAUAAUUGCAGCAAUAGCAAUAACAACAGUGAUGGCGCUGGAAGUAGCAGCAGCAGUAGCAGUAGUGGAAUUGCCGACACAACAUCCAGCAACAUAAACAAUACCGAUGAAGAUGCCAUUAUGACUUCAGCUGAUGCAGUGGAUGAUAGUCGGAGCGUUUUGACUGCAAUCGACAGUGGUGCGUCAUCAGGAAGUUCCACAAUGGCCGUAAACACAAAAGUCGAAGUAGCUUCUAAAUUGAAAGAAAAUAGCAGCAUUAACACAAGAACCAGUUCUGCUCCAAUGGACACUUCCAAUAUAAUAAGUUCCGUAUCGUCGCCAAACUGUACGAUAACAGCGCCGCCGCCUGCUUCUCCAUUAACAGCAAAUACACAUAGUUUGAUGCCAGAUAAGUGUAGCAGCGCUACUGCGUUGGGCAAUAGUACACUACAAGGGAAUCAAACUCAGCCCGUAACAGACCCUACACAAAUUGGGGACGGUUAUCGUAACGCAUUGCUUUUAGAAGGAAAAUGUGUUCCAAUAAAUUCGAUGGCAAAUAAACCGCCACAGCCACUAGAAACAGCAUUUGGGACGAAUAGCGGCACAAACAGUUUAAAAACGUCGAAUCCUUUUGUAAAUGUGAUGCCGAACUCGUCAACGGUUCAAAUGCUUAACAGCAACAACAGCAAUUGUGAAAUGACAACAGACAUGCGAAUAUUGGGAUCGACUUUGGCGCCAGUGAUUGCAACAGCAUCUCAACAAUCAGCGCUAAAAAUCACUCAAACACCACCAAAUAAGGAUGAUGUAUUUGAUCGUAUACGCGACGCGGGCGUCACAUGCAAAAGUAUUGCGACGGGGCAUAAUAUCUGUGAUAAUGAUGAAAACAAGGGCUCUGAAAGGUUGGCACCUAUAGUUUUUCCUUCGACUCCUGCACAACACAUCGCAAAUGCGACACCGAGUCCUACAACUCCACGAAAAUCAUCAGAUUAUCCACAGCAGGCGACAAGUGUUAAUGUUAAGAAUGAGAGCAAUGAGAAUUUUCCGGCGCCAAUUGUCUCUGCGGGUGUGGUGCCCGGUGUGGGUCCGGCAGUGGGAGUGGGCAGCGGAAUCGGGAGUGGAGUUUCAGGCAUGUCUCCUGCUGGCUUGGGACAGCAAAACAAAGAUAAUGUUCCACUGGGAAAGAAUAGUAGUCAAACUACUGUCAAUUCGAUGGACGCGGUGUCAGGAUCGGGAGUUUUAUCACCGAUGCUUCAGCCGGCAAGUACAAGUGUAUCUGCAUCUUCUUCACACACGGCUACGAUCACUAAUGAAAAGCCAUCAGCUAGCCCAAACACACAACCCAUACAACAGCAUCAGCAGUUGCUACCUCCGCAACAGCAAGCUCCGGUGGCAAGCAUUCAACCAAAUUUGCCGCCUAAUUUUUCCACAGCAUCGCAUCAGGUGCCCACGGAAACGAGAAACUUGGUCCCAUCUUCACCCGCACAACAGCUUAUUGAGAGCCCGUUUGGUCCAAAGCUAGCAGCAAAUCCCGUUGGCGGCCAUCUCGUUAGCUCGCCAAUCAGUACUAUUCACACAAAGAAUUUGCCUCUCACUCAAGGCAACAAUGUGCAAAGCACGGUAACACCAAUUUCCAUGAUGUCUGGACCAAUGACGACAACAGUAACAUCGGCAUCUGUUAUGGGUGGCUUUGGAGCUAGCAGCAGAUUGGGUCCCGGGCCACCUAUGCAUCAUUUGCAAAGUGGUUUUACAUCAGUAUCAGCUACAAAUCCCAGUAUUGGUGUAAAACCAGGAGAAGUGACAACUGCCGCUGACGUACCAAAAAGUAUUGCGGCACCGCCACCUGUAAUAAAUGGUUUUAUACCCGCUUUCCUGCCGGGGAACGCAUCAGCGCAAAAUAGUGUUCGCAUCUCACCUCACAUGGGUCAUAUGACACCAGCAACAAGUGGGCCGCCAAUCUCGGUCGUGCCGCUAUCGGCAAAUUCCACCACAUCAGCGUCUGGCAUUCCUGGAUCUGUUACCAAUACAAAUGUAGCAAUGUCUUUACCCGUUACAGUGGCGGCUUCGUCGGGGGCUAUGACAUCGGCAACUAUGGCCACCAUGCCGAAAGGUUCUUACGUGGUUAGCACAAAUACCACAGGUACAAUGUCAAGUAGCGUAUCAGGUCCAAACCAUGGCAUAUUUGCUCAAGGUAAUGUAGCUAUGGGCAUUCCCGGUGGACCGCCGAUUAUGAGUGGUGUUCCAAAUGGCAUGACCCCAAUGCUAAUUCAUUCGCCCUAUCGCACGCCGUAUCCGGGAUAUCCUUUAUAUGCACCAUAUAGCGGUCUGCCACAUAGUCCCUAUCAUCCACCUGGCGUGCCAUCACCUAAUGCGUCUCCCCGCACAAUCGACACACGUACUGGCAGAGAAAUAACACCCAUAGCACCUUCACCUAAAGUAAUUGCAGCUGGGAUGCGGCCGAUGACACCAGUGAGCAGUUCGAAUUCGGCUCCGACAACGCCUGUUAGCAGUAGUGGCGGUACGACAAUUGCUGCACCACCACCACAACCACAGUCAACUGCAGCGUCAGUGCAAAUGUCACUGCCAGGUUUGAUACCAGGUCCCGGGCCAGGUAUGCCACCUGGUCAAGCUCCGCAUUUAUUGCACCACAUGCCCUUUGGAGCUAAUCCACAUGGGCCGCCACAGCCAAUGCCGACUGGUGUUGGAAUGCAGAUGGGCAUGGGAAUGCCAAAUAAUCAUGGUUACAGCAGCAGUAAUAGUAGUAUCAGCAAUAAUACAAAUACAACAACAACAGCAUCGAUCGCAAACGCAACAUCCUUAAGCAGCAAUAGUAAUAACAGUGGCAAUAGCAAUAGCGGCAUAAACAGCAGUGGCAGUGGUGGACCAGUGGCUGCUAACAACAAUGCUAUUCAAAUGCAGCGUGGAGAGGGCUCACAAUUACUUCCGCCACCUCCUCCGCAUAUGCUUUCACAUCCACAUCUACCACCACCGCCCACCCACACCGGAGCGGUGGCGCCGGGCCCACAUAUGGCUCCCAUACCACACAUGCUAAUGCAUCCACAACAUGCAAUGUUGCGCGGCAUUUCUCCCAGUACUGCCAACACGGCCAGCGGUGGUAAUUCCGGCCUACCGUUAAUUGGUGGCCCUGCUUCUUCAUCUGUGAUUCAGAGAGUUAUCUCCCCUAAAAAUGAAAAUCCCAGCAGGGAGCGCGAUAUCGCAUACAGCAUACCGCGCUCCGCGCCAUCUAUGAAUACUCACAGUAGUGGCAGUAACAGUUUACCUACUGGUGCUCCACCAUACAUGACAACUGCUGUCAGUAACAACAGUGUGGGGUCCGCAAUUCCGGUGCCCUUUAGUAGCACGGUUUCUGCGAUGCAUCCAAUGCAUUCGCAUCCAACGACCACAAUGGCAUCAUCGCAUCAACAACACAUUGCUACGUCGCCUAGUCUACCCUAUCCACCCAAAAAUACACUAUGGCCCAGUUCAUCGCUGCAAUUAACUCCAUCAACGGCAACGACGAUCAGCACGUCAUCAUCAUCCAGUUUGACAACGCGUCCAACCCCGCCGCCGGCGCAAUCUCAGGCAUCAUUAAAUAUAGCUGGUGCUUCGUCUGCUUCCAAUGCUGCGACAGCUGCUGCUUCAAUGCCUGCUAACUCAGCUUCUCCCCAAACAUCACACGCUGCUGCUGGAUCUCUUACUACAUUUCAACCUCCAUUUUUCAUUACUCCUUUGCCACCUCCUCCACCCAUAGUACCCGCUUCUUCUAUAAGCAGCACCUCAACUACACCAUCUGCAUCGUUGGCGUCAUCGGGUGCAGGAACUAUAGUUGGAGCUGCACCAGCGACUGUUGGUACCACAUCGGCAUCUUCAAUGUCCUCCACACAGACGACUGUUACCACAGCAACAAGUACACCGGUAACAACAUCGGCACCACAUCCUUUCUCGGCCGAAUCUCUAUUUCAAACUAGCAAAAAUGAUCAAGCAGAUCUGUUGAGGCGUGAAUUGGAUAGCAGGUUUCUCGAUCGUUCUGGUUUGGCUGUACAACCGCCGGCACCACCACCACCCUCCACGUAUUUACGUCAGGAGCUGCACCAUCACCAGCACCAACAUACACACCUACAUCAGCAUCAACAGCUUAUUCCGGCCGCUUUGCCGGCAGCACUUCCAGCUGCACCGCCCCCAGCACCGGCACCCAUAUUCCCGCAAUUAUUCAAAGACAUUCCAAAAAUUGCGGCAGUGGAAACACCGUUCUAUCGAACCGGCAUUGGUUUGCCUGGCUAUCCGGGAUAUAAUUCGGGACUGCUACAUCCAGGGCUAGGUGGAGCAACGCCUUUCAUGCCGCCCGGGCACCUAACUUCAUUCGCGCCAAAGCCGCCACCGCCAUCAUCGCCCUCCGCUAACACCAAUGCCACGAACUCAAACAAUCCACCAACGAAUCUUGAUUCCUCUAAAUCUGCGAGGUUUACGAAAACUGGUCGGUGGAAUGCCAUGCAUGUGCGUAUCGCGUGGGAGAUUUACUAUAACCAAAACAAACAAAAUCCCGAUAAACUAGCCAAUAACCAGGCCGGCGUUGCUGGCGCAACUCCAGUUGGAGCAUCACCAAGUGGGGCUCCUUCUUCUAUGAAUGCAGCUGGCAGUGUUGGACCUUCGCCAUCUUCGUCGGUAACGCUAAGCGGUCUUAAAGCUUCGCCAGCACUAUCGUUAAGCUCCGCGCCGCCACACAUGCUGCAUCGCCCGGGAGAGUUACCACCUGGUGCAAUGGCAGCUUAUGCUGCUGGUGCUUUGCCAGGUCGCUCGCCCUUCGAAACAUCUCCGUUAUCGACGAGUUUCAUAGGAGCACCUCCCAGUCAUAUUGGCACAGCAGUUUCGCCAUUCGGUCGUUAUGCUGCACCAUUUGGUUUCGGUUUAUCACACUUCGGCUGUGAAACGUGGCGGCCGUUACAACGUGCUGUAGCAUAUCAUCCAGGCGCUACCAGCGCUCCUAUGUGGCCAAUAAAAUCCGAUCCGGCACUGGAUAAUGCGCGCCGUGAAGCGGAGGAACGUGAGAGGGAGCGUGAAAUGCGCGAGCGCGAACAGCGCGAACGUGAUCGGCAACGUCGCGAACGAGAAGAGCGUGAACGUAAAGAAAAAGAAGAGAAAAUGAAGCGUGAGCAACAGGAGCGUGAACGUGAGCGUGAGCGGGAACGCGAACGUAAAGAGCGCGAACGCCGAGAAUUGGAGCGGCGGGAAUUGGAGCGUGAACGAAUGAUACAGCAACAACGCAUUAACGAGAGUAACAAACUAUCACAGGCGGCUGCCGCCGCUGCUGCAAUGAACACAACACAGCGUGAUCGUUCUCCACAUCGCAGCAUCAACGAUCCGUUGGGCGGGCCCAGCGGUGGUGAGAUACGUAUAAAAGAAGAGCAUCCGCGUACCAAAGAAGAACAAGAUGCAAUGAUGAUGCGUGCUUCAGCUGCUGCAGCUGCGGCGGGCGACGCACGCUAUCAUCAAUCCAUUGCAGUGGCUCAAGCUAGUGCGGCGGCUGCUGCACACCAUGCAUCUUUUAUGGCCGGUCGGCAUGGACCACACGCAGUGGGACCACCGCCACCGCCUCAUCUCGCCCGCACAAUGAUGCCACCCUCUUUAGGCGGACCACCAAUGACACAUUUCGGACCUCCUGGACCUCCCGGUUGGCCAAUGGACCCCUAUCGUGAUCCAUAUGCUCCAAUGCUACGUUAUAACAUAAUGGAAGCGUUGCGUCAUGAAGAAGAGCGACACAAAGUGGCACUUAGCAUGUAUGCGGCACAGUCAGCGGCUCACCUACGAGGCAAAGAACCCAGCCCAAUACCGCCGCCGACGGUGGGGGGUCCUUUAGGACCACCACCACCGCCACCACAUCAUCGCAUUCAGCAGUCACCGCACCACCAACAAUCGGUUGCCGGGCCACCGCCACCUACGAUCAUAGGAAAACCCCAAACACUUGGAGGUAUGCCCCAUCCGAUAGCCAUUGAUGCGCAUCAUCCCGCAAAGAAGGAUGAGCCUGGAGCGAAUGUAGGAGUCAGUGGCAUGCAAACAACGUCUUCGCCAGCGGCACAAGGUCGAUGAUAAAUAACAACUCAUAUUUAGAAAGUGUAGUUGUCGAAUUGUUGAAGAACUGCGAUUGCAAAACUUGCUAAUUUUUGUAAAUGUGUUUUCUUUUUUGUGCAAACUUGAUCGCUUUAGCUACUGUUACUUUUUGUUGUUGGGUAUAUUGUAAUGUGUAGAGCCAUGUAUAAAGCAAAUCUUCGUACAUACAAAAGUAUAUAUGCAAUAUUUAUUCAAUAGUAGUAUGUAUAUGUAUUAACAAUGAAAAUAAUACAAGUAGCUUACAUGCAGCAGAGAGAAGCAACAAUUAUAAAGACUUUUGAAUAACUUUCUUAAAAAGCGCAACAUUCUACGAAGCGAUUCGUAGCCUUUGCAAUUGUAAAAUAUUUUAUUUUUUUUAAUUUUAUUGUAUAAAAUAUUUAAAACAAGUAAAAUUAACUGAUGA